AUGUAUUCAGAGAAGGUCCCAAACCAAGAGAAUCUAGAAACCAUCCCCAUAGGAAACCCAGGGGCUCUCAGACUUCCUCAUCGAAAGUUUUGGUAUUUCCAGUAUCUGUCAGUGCCUGGGCCUCACCGACCUGCAAGCCAAAUCCGGGAGCUCUGCCGGCAAUGGCUGCAGCCGGAGACCCCGGAGGAGCAGGUGACGGAGCACCCGGUGCUGGAGCAGUUUCCCAACGCCCUGCCAGAGAGGGCUCGGAUAUGGGCGAGGUCAGAGGAGCCCAGCAACAGCAAGGAAGCGGGAACCCGGGUGGCGAACUUGCCCCAGACGUGGGGAGAGAAAGGUGCUGUGAGCAAGACUGGACCCAGCCCCGUGUCGCCCCUUUCUCCCCUUGAGGUCUCCCUGCUCCGGACUGUGUCCUCGGAGGAGCGAGGACCGCCAGAGAGCACCAGAAGGACACCAGGGCAUCUGACGACCUGCCGCCUGCGGGAUUCCAGGCUCGUGGUGCAUGCGUCGGUGACUUUCGAGGAUGUGGCUGUGGACUUCAGCCCCGAGGAGCUCACAUACCUCAGUGCCGCCCAGAGGAGCCUGUACCAGGAGGUGAUGCUGGAGAAUUACUGGAACCUGCUCUCCUUAGGGCACCGGUUUUCCAAGCCUGACCUCAUUGCACGACUGGAGGAGGAGGAGUUGCGUGUGGUGGCAGGGGACAGCGACCCCAGGACGAGUCAGGGGUUGCAGAAAAGACCUGAAGCCACAGCUCAAACUCCAGAGCAAAGCCUGCCGAUAGAGAAGUCACCCUUGGGGGCAGGAACAGAGGACUCAGAGGUGGGUGACCCCUGGCAUGCCCGCAUAGGAGGGUCUUCUGAUGAUCCUCUGGAUUCGUGCCAGUUCAACAAGGAGAAAUGCUUGAGCCCUGCUGCAGUGAGGGAGCCCAGGACCCUCGCUCGGGAAAGAAGCCGUCACAGUGAACUUGAGAGCAGCUCAGAUGCUACUAAGCAGCCACAGGGUCUAGGAAGGGGUCCCCAGGAGUGUGCUUCUGAGAUGGGCGCAAGCCCCUGGCUGGUGAGAGAUAAGCCUUCCCUCCAACAGAACAGACACAGCAGAUGGGAGUCCUGUGAAGGAAGCUGUUGUACCCAGAAGGCCCCCAAGAGACAUGAGCAGGUCCACCCCAGGCAGAGACCCUUCGAAUGUGAGUGGUGCGGGGAAGCCUUCUACCUCCUGCCACACCUCACGCGACACCAGAGGACUCACGGCGGCCACCAGUCCCCUGGGUGCGGCAAAGGCGGCCAGCCUUGCAGCCGGCGUGCAGGCGUCUGUGGCCGGGUGAGACCCCAUCAUCAGGACACCUACCAUGAAUGUGCCCAGUGUGGCAGAGCGUUCCUCCAGGACGAGCACCUUCUUCAACAUCUCAGAGACCACGAGGCCGCCAGCGCCCUCCCGCCCAGGCUGCCCCACAACAAGGUGUAUUUGAUUCGCUACCAGCGGGAACACGAGUACGUGGGCGAGCGGGCCUGCCAGUGCUGUGACUGCGGCAGGGCCUUCAGCCGGAGCUCGUACCUGGCCCAGCACUACCGGAUCCACGCCCAGGAGAAGCCCUACCAGUGCCAGCUGUGCGGCAGGUGUUUCAGCCAGCCCUCCUGCCUCACGCGGCACUACCAGCUCCACUCCCAGGGGCAGCCCACCGGGUGCGGCUCCUGCUGA